UGAGCGUGAUGACGUUGUCGCAACAAAAACGGCGGGGAGCUAGUCGUGCGUCCUCCACUAGCAGCAGCCGCAAUGGCUGACUAGAGCGAUAAGCGGCGGCCAGAUCGAUAGAAAUGGAGGUGGUGGAUAGCGACACGAAUCAAUGGCUGGUGGACGAACAGGAGGAAGCCACCAGGCCCUCGACGUCGCGCAACAUCGCCGGGUCCAUUAAAACAAAAGAGUUUGAUUCCAUCUUGUACGGUCCAAUUGUGGAUUAUUCCUUCAGAAAUCUGGAAACCUUAUCUGACUGCGUCAAACUGACCCCGCGGACUGGCUUCAGACCGAACGAAUACACAGAGAAUAAGAAGCUGAAGAGCUGCUCCUUGCGUCUGAGCCACAACCGUCUAUGUGACCUGAGUGGACUGCAGCAGGUCCUCAUCCAGUGCACCAAACUACAAAUUCUCAAUCUACACGGUAACCAGAUCAGUGAACUGUAUGAGGUGGAUAAGUUGGCCUCAUUGCCUCACCUACGGAGCCUGACACUACAUGGCAACCCUCUGGAACUGGUCAAAGGAUACAGGAGUUAUGUAGUGGGAACUGUCCCCCAGUUAAAAUCACUAGACUACAGCACAAUCACCAAACAAGAUCGUUCUACUGCUACUGUCCUGAAGUCAUUCACGAAACGCAAGCGUGUUGCUAGAAGAAAAUAUGACGACUGAUUCCCAACUGGUGUCUCACUGGAUUUCUCCUUAAAUGAAGAACGUGAACUCAC